AUGUCCUUUGCCAAUGAUGACCUCCAAAAUCGGCACCCUUCACCGUACUUUCUAGGGUUUCCUCGAUUCACAUGGCGAGAUAUCAGAGCAAUAUCUCUCUGGCCCUUUCUAGAGCAAGCGUACUUUUGUGGUAGACCAACUUGGAGCACCAGCCAGAUUCCUGACCUUGCAGGAAAAGUCGCGAUUGUGACCGGGGGGAAUGCUGGAGUGGGGAUGUACACCGCAAAAGCCCUGCUAGAACACAACGCAAAAGUUUACAUAGCAUGCAGGGACCAGCAGAAAGCCGAGGCAACCAUCAUUGAACUUCACGCAAUUACGGGCAAGGACGCUAGCUUCCUGAAGUUGGAUCUGGCGAGCCUACAUUCCGUAAGGGAAGCAACCAGGGAAUUCAUUAGGUGCAUUCUGUCGUCCUGGAGCACCUUCCUUGGCUCACGUUUGCAAAGCAAAGAGAACAGACUGGAUAUUCUGUUCAACAAUGGAGGGAUCAUGGCAACGCCCAUGGAACAGCUCUCUGCUGGGUACGACCUUCAAUUUCACACGAACGUCUUGGGCCACUUCUAUUUAUCGACUCUCCUCCUCCCUACCCUCAUUUCGACCGCCAGGACGAACGAAGAUGGUAAAGCUCGGGUAGUCAAUACCGCUUCUUCUGCUCAUUACGUCGCCCGUGCGGAUCCCUUAAACUUUGACUCGUUUAUCGAUGGAGGUGCUAGGCGGAAAUACACAACUGAAGACAUGUACUGCCAAAGCAAAUUUGCCAACAUCGUCUUUUCAAACGAACUCGCGCGACGGUACGGGGAUCAUGGUAUUGUCUCGACAUCGCUCAAUCCAGGAAAUCUAAAAACUAAUUUAAACGGACAUGUCCUCGACUGGCCGAAGAAGCUCUUUUUGGCUCUUCUUCAAAUAUACCCAGCAGAAUGGGGUGCGCUGACCCAGUUAUGGGCUGGUACCUCACCUGAAGGAGCGAAGCUCAACGGAAAGUUUUUAAUUCCUUGGGCCCGGGAGGGCAAAGCACGAAAGGAGACGGAUGAUGUUCAACUUGGCAGAGAGCUUUGGACGUGGAUGGAGGAGCAGGUCGCGAAACUCACAUAA